CCCCUCUUGCCUUAACUCUAUUCCCUCUGGUUCAAUGUUCACCUAUCUUGGAAAAAGAGCCUUUGUAUUCACAUUAUCUCCCUACUGAUUUUAUGCAUCUAUAAGAUCAACUCUCUGGAAUGAUGUGCGCAAAGGAAUAAAGUCCCAGCCUGCCCAACCUCUCCCUGUAGCUCAGGCCCUCAAGUCGUGGAACAUCCUUCUGAAUCUUCUCUGCUUCCUUUCCAGCUUAAUGGCACUAUUAUGCGAGUGCCUUUCAUGAGAGAAUGCAUCAUUUUUAAGAUCUCCCCUUGCAAUAGGGCAUGCAAACUUUUUAGUUUGUGCAUAAUUUAUUGUAGAACAUCUGCUAAAGGGAGUAAAGUGUAGAUUUCAAGUAUUGGUGUUUGGAUAUUCUGUGCCCUCCCGUCUGCUGGACAUUCAAGUUACAGGUCUUUUUGAAUCUUCAGAACCAUGAAAAUGCAAUGCAAACAGAAUGGCCAUGACUUUGUUGGGAACAGCAAAUAACCUUCUGAGCUCUGGUUUGAGAGUACUUGCUCAAGGGUAGUAACCACAACACUUCUGACAACUUUGAUUGGAUUCUGCCAAUGGGGGUAUUUGUCAAAAUAGUGUAAAUGGAGCCAUUUAUAAUUUGAAACCAACCUUUUUAAUAUUAGAUACAUAUUUUAUCCUGUUUGCCUGUUUUUUGAAUGAAUUUAGUUGUGUUAGCUAUGGGACAGAUUUGGAUAAUCGAGAUUGCAUCAGCAAUUUAUUUUGCUACAGGAGUAUACUGAAACUCAUCCUGCAUGUGUAUCCUUCAGCGCAGCUGCCUGGAUCUUGAUAUUGUGAGACAAAAUGUAAUAACACUCAUCUUCUUGCUGCCAGGGAUAUAGAGGCUGGGAGAACAGCCUAAAUGUAAACCUAAUGGUACUUGUGAGCAGUGCUGCAACUUGGGGUAGUUCUCAAAAGUUUUGAGAUUUCGGCACAAAUGGAAAGAGGAUUUUGCAGGAAAAUUAAACGAUAGGUUUAAUGCCAUUCAUUGGAAUGUUUCAUUGGAAUGUUACCCUUGAACUUUGAGAGGGAUGUUGGCUCCGCACCCUGUUAUUUGGAACUUUGUACUUUGAUUUCCUGCCGUGUUCUUUCAAUGUUGCUGAACUAACUUGGGCUCUUUCAUUUGCGACAUUCGUCGAUUAUGGCUCUGAAGUCCUGGGAAAAUGGAUCCACGGGACUUCCUCCUUGUGACAGCCGUAUAUAUUGUACUGGAGAGCUUCUGGACCAAGUGCAGAUGGCUAAACUUUUCAAAGAUGACAAGUAUUUUGUGGAUAUGAAGUUAAAGAUGAGUCCAGAUGUCGUUUGGGAAGCUUUCCAAAGCCUCACCAGUUCCUCAUUUCCCGGAAAGCUAACAAAGCAGCAACUGACUGAUUUUGUCCAAGAAUACUUCGAAGGACCUGGACAAGAGUUUGAGAAGUGGACACCAGAUGACUGGAGUGACCAGCCGCAAAUCCUCCAGAGGAUUUCUGAUCCGGAUCUGCGAGUUUGGGCUAAAAAACUACACGCUCUCUGGAAAUCCCUUGGGAGAAAGAUCAAACAGGAUGUACAGUUGCACCCAGAACUUUAUUCCCAAAUUUAUGUGCCUAAUCCAUUGAUUGUGCCUGGCGGUCGAUUCAGGGAAUACUAUUACUGGGACUCUUACUGGAUAAUAAAAGGACUUCUGAUCUCUGAGAUGAAUACAACGGCAAAAGGAAUGAUUGAAAACUUCCUUCACCUCAUCGACAGAUUUGGCUUCGUCCCAAAUGGGGGUCGUGUGUAUUAUCAGCGGAGAAGUCAACCACCAUUUCUGGCCCUGAUGAUCGAGAGCUACAUCACCACUACAAAUGAUACAGCCUUUUUGAAGGAAUGCAUCGGUCCCUUAGACAAGGAGUAUGAAUUCUGGAUGACGAAUCGAUCUGUGUCUUUCGCCUUUGGAGGCAAAAAUCAUUCUCUGAAUCGGUAUAAUGUUGAAGCAGCCGGCCCCAGGCCUGAGUCUUACAGCAAGGAUGUGGAAUUGGGACAGAAUCUAACAGAAGCUGAACGAAGACAACUCUGGGUGGAGCUGAAAACUGGCGCUGAGUCUGGCUGGGAUUUCUCAUCGCGCUGGUUCAUUGAUUCCAAUGGGGAGAAUAAUGGAACACUAAAAGACACAAAAACCACACACGUCAUUCCUGUUGAUUUAAACUCCAUCCUGUGCAAGAAUGAGCAAAUCCUGGAACGGUUUCAUCAGCAGCUGGGUAACUCUGCAAAGGCCCGGUCCUAUAAGGAGGCUAGGUAUAGACGGAUUGAUGCUGUGCGUGACGUUUUAUGGGACGAUCAACAAGGAAUUUGGUUUGAUUUUAAUUUAAUGAAUAACAAGAGCAAUGAUGCAUUCUAUGCUUCCAACGUGGCUCCUCUCUGGGCUGAAUGCUUUGUUGAACAGGAGCCAGGACAGCCCGCAGAGAUGGUGAUUCAAUACCUAGAGGACCAUAACCUUUUGUAUGAGACUGGAAUUCCAACUUCGCUGGUGCAGAGUGGUGAGCAGUGGGAUUACCCCAAUGCCUGGCCUCCACUCCAGCAAAUGAUCAUUGAAGGUCUGGCAAAGUCUAACUCUACCAAGGCUAAGAGAAUUGCAUCGAAACAAGCACAGAAAUGGAUUAGAGAAAACUGGGUUGCGUACAUGACGUACCAAGCCAUGUUUGAGAAGUAUGAUGUGUCUGGUGAACCAGGCGGAGGUGGAGAAUAUGACGUGCAGGUGGGAUUCGGAUGGACAAAUGGAGUAGCUUUGCAGCUUUUGGAUGAGUAUGGAAACGUGCUCGUAGCAGGAGCCAUGAAGUUGACUGGAUUCCCCUUAUAUGCUAUACUUCAAAUUUCUUUAUUGUUUUUUUGGUUCUAAUACACUGGCUGUUUCAUGUA